ACUCUCGCGGCGGCCAUUUUGUUCGUUUAAAGAGGGGUUUGGUGUUGGAGUAUCGUAAGCUUAAGACAUUCUUUCUUGUAUAAAUGAAAUAUAGGAAACCCUUGAAAAAGCCCAGUAAAGAAAACGAAACUUUCUGAUUACGAUUGGUCAACAUCUUUACUACAGCAACUUAAGUACCAUCUCAGAAAUAUCUGCACGCGACAAUAAAGACCUCUCGCCGAAGAGAGAGUGAAGACAAAGGAAAUGAGUGCUCCCUCGACGCAGAAGGUUGUGCUGAAAAGCACCACCAAGAUGUCCUUGAAUGAGCGAUUCACAAAUAUGCUGAAGAACAAACAGCCGAUGCCAGUGAACAUUCGAGCUACCAUGCAGCAGCAGCACAUGGCCAGUGCCCGUAACCGCAGGCUGGCUCAACAGAUGGAGAACCGGCCUUCUGUGCAGGCAGCACUAAAACUAAAACAGAGCUUGAAGCAAAGACUUGGGAAGAGCAACAUCCAGGCAAGACUGGGUCGUCCCCUUGGGGGCCUUCUCCGUGGUGUCCCUGGGAACCGGGGAAUCCCCAUAGGGGCUCUUAGAGGAAUGUCCAGGGGUUUGAGAGGACGGGGUGGUAGAGGAGGACCAAUCAGAGGUGCUCUAUCUCUUAGAGGUCCUGGCCGUGGCCGUGGCGGAAUGCUCCGAUUAGGGUUAAGGCGUGGAAUGAGGCAACGAGGAGGAAUGAUGGGUCGUGGUGGUUCCAUGAUGGGAAGAGGAAGUGGUGGGCUCGGUCGAGGGAUGGGAGGCAGAGGACGUGGUGGGAUGCCAAUCAGAGGAAGAGGUGGUUAUAUUGGACGUGGAAGAGGUCGAGGACGUGGAAGGGGUGCUACCCGCCCUACCAUUACCAGAGAGCAACUUGACAAUCAGUUAGAUGCUUACAUGUCUAAAACAAAGGGACAUUUAGAUGCGGAACUUGAUGCAUAUAUGGCACAGGCAGAUACAGAUGGGAAUGAGUAAAACCUUCAACUCUGGGCAUGUGCUGCUUGUACAACUCUUUGCCUACUUAACUGUUUUAGGAGGUCAUAUAGCAGUUCAGGAAGAAUUAACUGCUCAUCGUUACUACUACAUGAAAAGUGGAGUUGAACGAAGUAUGUUUUUUUUUUUAUCCAACUUAAAGAAGUGAAGAAAAAUACCAAUUUUCAAAACCAAGCUUCAAGGGCAGGCAAUAUACCCAUGAGACUGUGGAAAAUUUAAAUGUUGCAUUGUAUUCUAAUUUUUAUUUUAAUAUUUGGUCAUUCAGAUCUUUUAUAAAUGUGAUUCAGUGCAAAGUUGCUAAUUACUUUAAAAGACUGUAUAGAAUAUUCAUGUAUUUUCAAGAAAUGAGGUCUACAAAUAAAUGGCAUUGUGUACAUUG